GCUCGUGUCCGUUCGUCCUCUCCCCCUUUCACUGCGGCACCAUCUCCGAGCGGACUAGCUCGCUGCUUUCAUCCCAGACCCUGACCGCUGACUGCCGCGUUAGAACCGUCGGUGCCGCCUCCCAGAAGCCUCCAGCUCUCGAUCCAAUGCAGGCCAUCAAAUGUGUGGUCGUCGGCGACGGGGCUGUGGGAAAGACCUGUCUGCUGAUCAGCUACACCACCAAUGCCUUCCCUGGAGAAUACAUCCCCACUGUCUUCGACAACUACUCUGCCAAUGUGAUGGUGGAUGGAAAGCCGGUGAAUCUGGGCCUUUGGGACACGGCGGGACAAGAAGACUACGACAGGCUCAGACCCUUGUCUUAUCCACAGACGGAUGUGUUCUUGAUAUGCUUCUCCUUGGUCAGUCCGGCUUCCUUUGAGAACGUCAGAGCUAAGUGGUACCCAGAGGUGAGGCACCACUGCCCAAACACUCCCAUCAUCUUGGUGGGCACAAAGCUGGAUUUGCGGGAUGAUAAGGACACCAUCGAGAGGCUGCGGGACAAGAAGCUCUCCCCCAUCACCUACCCACAGGGCCUGGCCAUGGCCAGAGAGAUUGGGGCCGUGAAGUACCUGGAGUGCUCGGCCCUGACCCAGCGAGGCCUGAAGACGGUGUUCGAUGAGGCCAUCCGAGCUGUGCUCUGCCCCCCCCCAGUGAAGAAGAGGGGCAAGAGAUGCACCAUGUUCUGAGGAGGAGGGGCUGCUGGGGCAACACACUGCAUCACCGUGAGCAACAACUGCUACGUCUCUGGCAGGAUGAGAGCUAGUGGGAGCAAGUUUGCAAUUCUGAGGUUUCUUUAGUGAUUUUGGUGGUGUUGUUUUUUUCCAAACCACGACGGUAACAACUCUGACAUUUAUUUUGGUUUGUUUGUUUCCAUAACUGGAUGGUGUUAUAGGUUCUCUUUGAAAGACUGACUGUCCAACUACGUCCUAGUCAUAGAAGCAGACGACACGGCGGCCCAGAGGGCCACAAGACAUAGGAGACAUAAGACAUACAGUUCCUAGAACUCCUCUUUUCAGCCUCGCUUGCUUGAAUUAAUGUGAAUUGAUGCACAGAUGACUACACAGAAGGUGGACUGUGAAUUUGCCUUCAGGGUCAGAGUUACCCCCAGCCUCUGAUCUCAGAUCAGCUUGUUAAAGCCAAAUACUACUGCCUAGAGUUUCUCACCGUUUCUCACUUUCACCUCCUGCAGACAAAGACCGGGCUUUUUGCUCAGCAGCUGCUGGUUCUUUAGUGGUUGUUUUGGCGGGAAGAGGCUGCUGAAACCACGUUGGACAAGUCCAACUAUGUGGCUCCUUUGGGUCGGUAUGAUAAGAGGACGUCCUAAAUUCUAGUUUGAAGACCCUCAUCAUUUUAAAUGAUGCAUCUCCGUGCCAAGAUUGAUUGAAAUGAAGCAAACGUGAGAAAAGCUGUAGAAGCUGCAGAGGUUACCUGGAACCUCGCCACUGCGUGUCUUCUCAAACUGUUGGAACCUCUGCUCGUUUUGUCCGUCCCGUCCCUGAACCCAACUUUGGACAUUUAACGAUUUUCCCCAGAAGAUCCUCUGACGUUUCUGUUGUGCUGGUUUAUUCUGUCACUUCUGGACCUCCGUUACAGCCGACCCGUGUCCAAAGUGACGGCUCCUGUUUUCAGUAAACCAGGACAGACGGAAAUCCGCCUCAUUCGCAGCAAACCUGUAGAUUCAGCGCCGAUGGGUCUGCUAAACAAUGAACGAAACACCUGUGCAAAGCAGCAGUUCUGUGGCGCAGAAAGACGGGUUUUUCAGUCACCAGUUCCUUGCACAUGCGUGUGCUCUUACGUCUGUCACCUGAUCUCAUGGAGGGAGGUCAGCUGAAUCUGAACUCCCAAAGCUCCCAGUUUAUCCCCAUGUUCUCGUGUAAAGGGUUCGUUUUCAACCGCUUAGUUUCAGCCAGUUUCAUUUGAAAGUACGAGCAGAAGAAGAGCCCGGGCGACCUUUAGCCCGAGACGUCGCAAACGCAGCUUUAUCCUCGUGAAACGAGUCAACGAACGCACCAAACAUCAGAUGAAGCUUUUUCUGAGGAUGGAGGGAUGAGGAAAGUAGAUCUGGACUGAAGUUCUGCAGCAGAACAGAACAUGCUGAGUUCUAACCAACGCUUUGGGCAGAGAGAGAAAGUCACAGCUGUUUGCAGACGGAAGUAAACCCGGCUGGUCUGACAAAACAGACGUGCACGAAGGAAAGGAAACUUUGGAUCAAAUUUUUCUGAGCUAAAGGAAUAAAUAGAUAACUGCGGUAAAUAAAUCUACCAUAGCAGAGUCAGUGUGGAGGAUUUAUUAUUCAUCUUUAGCCAAGUUUCUGUGUGAAUUCCUGCUUUUAUUCUGACGUUUACAGUCGUCGCCACGGGCAACACAGACAAAAAUGACUGAGAGCGGCUCAGAGAAGCACGUCUGGGUGGCCCCCCCUCCUCAUUUCAUGCUGGGACGGUGGGAUUCCAUCACAAACCUUUGACUGUUAUUGAAAGUCCAGAUCAGAGCAGACCAGAUCAUCUGAGCAGAACCUGACAGUCAGACGGCGUAAAUGACGAGGCGCACAUGGGAGUAGAACGUGAACAGUCGUUUUUUCUGAUCUGAAAUUGGCCCCUCCCACAUCGGCGGAAGAGAAAAAACAAAACAAAAAUGUGGACAAUGGUGAGUAUAACACUCAUGAGCUGCUCCAGAACCCGCCCAGAACCGGGGUUUCUCUGUGCUGGAGCAUUUCAGGAGGAACAGCUGGGAGUUCUGGGGGUUCGGAUCCGGCCGGUCCUCCUCCGUGUCCGCUCUUCUCUGCUGGGUUCUUAACAGCUGAUCUCUGUAGGAGACUGUGGACAACUUGAUCCGUGUCGCCGGACGACCUCGCUGCCUGAGGGGGCGGAGCCUGCAUGGAUCUCAAAACACUCGGUCUGACUUUAUCCCACGGUGUAGAUGUAGUCUGUGUGUGUGUGUGUGUGUGUGUGUGUGUGUGUGCGCGCGUGUGACAGGUGUGUACAUAAGGCUUGUGUGUGUGGGCGGCGUUGUGGGGCUGAUGAGAGACGGUUUGGUUUUCAGACGAGUUUUUUAGUGUCCGUUUUUGGUAAUGUUUCAUAUUAUUAUAACACAGGAGAGUUUUCAGCAACACGUGAACGUAAAGUCAGAAAGGAGGCGAGUUCGUGACAUCUAGUGAUAGACGAGCAGAAUAAUCCUUAGACGAGGAAAGUGUUAUGAUUAUCUGUAUGUAACUGAAUAUUUAACUUAGCAAAGGGGUUAGAGGUGCUCGUCACGUUGCUGACAGACAGACACAGGGGUCCGUCCUGAUGGAGGCCGUGAUGCAUUGGUGUAUGGCUGCAGAGCCUCUGGACGUCCCGCCGCCGCCGCUGCCGCCAGCGGCGCGCUCUCUGUCCCGCUCUGUGGUGGCGCAGCUGUGUGGUCGAAUCGUGUCGUGUGAUCCUGCGAGCUAAAGUGUCCAAAUGUAGCUGAAGACAGCAAAAAAAAAAAAAAAUGAAAAUACUAAUAUUGCAUGGACGUUCUCUGGUGAUUUCACGCACUGUCAUUCUUAGAAGAGAUUGUAUGAUCAAAUGCAUUGGCCAUGUAUGUAGUGUAAGAUGACUUGUAUACUUGUUCCAGCGUUUGUCCGAUUUCUUAUUACUUCCUGUCCGUGUGGUGAGCAAUUUUGACUUUUUGUAUACUAAAUACAAAUGCAUAUGGAAGCAGC